AAAUAAUAUAAUUAUAAAUUUUCGGUUUUUACAAAAAUUUAAAUGAUAAUAAUCGUAUGAUUUUGUUUAGGUUAUUCUCUAAUAUUAAUAAACGAAACAUAAGGUAUAUCUACACACAAAGAAAAAUGGUUAUUACUUCAUCUGAUAGCAAUUAUAAAAAAUUUACUUCAAGUUCUACCCAAGUAAUUGGAGAUAUGAAAUCAAAUUCGCAUCAUAACAAUUUGAAUAAAUCCUUGGAAGAAGUUGAUUGUGAAAUUUUACAAUUGAUUAGGGAAGAAAAGGAUAGGCAAAAGAGUGGAAUUGAGUUAAUUGCUUCAGAAAAUUUUGCAUCAAGAGCUGUCUUGGAAGCAUUAAGCUGUUGUGCUCAUAACAAAUAUUCUGAGGGUUAUCCUCAUAAUAGAUAUUAUGGUGGCAAUGAAGUUAUUGAUAAAAUAGAAUUAUUAUGUCAAAAGAGGGCUUUGGAACUUUACGAACUAGACCCAAAUAAAUGGGGAGUUAAUGUGCAAGUUUAUUCUGGAUCCCCUGCCAACUUUGCUGUUUACACAGCUUUGGUAGGCCCUCAUGGGAGGAUAAUGGGCUUGGACCUAACUGAUGGAGGUCAUUUAACCCAUGGAUUCAUGACAGAAAAGAAGAGAGUUUCUGCUACUUCCUUAUUCUUUGAAUCUAUGCCUUAUAAAGUUGACUCCAUCACAGGCUUAAUCAACUAUGAUGAUUUGGAGAGAAACGCCAAAUUGUUUAAGCCUAAACUAAUCAUAGCUGGCAUAACCUGUUAUUCCCGUCAUCUGGAUUACCCUAGAUUUCGUGCCAUAUGUGAUAGCCAUGGCGCCAUCCUGAUGGCUGAUAUGAGUCAUGUGUCUGGCCUAGUGGCAGGAGGUCAAGUACCAAUUUCUCCGUUCAUUCAUUCUGACAUAGUGACUACAACCACCCAUAAGUCUUUGAGGGGUCCUAGGGCGGCACUAAUAUUUUAUAGGAAAGGUAUCAAAAAUACUAAAGCCAACGGUGAAAAGGAACUUUACGAUUACGAUAAGUUAAUCAACGAAGCUGUAUUUCCUGGGCUUCAAGGCGGACCUCACAAUAAUGCUAUUGCUAGUGUUGCUGUGGCACUGAAAAUGGCCAACAAUGAGGAAUUCAAGCAAUACGCUAGGCAAGUUAUAGUCAACUCUAGGGCGCUUUGCAAAGAACUACAGGACCUUGGAUACCAUAUUGUCACAGGUGGAACGGAUAAUCAUAUGAUAUUGGUAAAUUUGUCUCCCAUUCAUCUUGCGGGCAAUAAGGCGGAAAAAAUUCUCGAGAAAGUAGGGAUCGCUUGUAAUAAAAACACUGUUCCCGGCGAUAAAAGUGCUCUUAGCCCGUCUGGCAUCAGGCUAGGAACUCCGGCGGUUACCUCGAGAGAUAUGAAAGAUACAGAUAUGAAAACUGUAGCUUUUUUUAUACAUUCUGCCCUGACACUAGGUAUAGGUAUACAGAAAUAUUUGCUGCAAAAAAAUCCUAACCCUAAAAACUUUGUAAAUCUGAAAGAUUUCUCAGCCCUCAUUGAUAAUAAAAAUGAAGAAAUCAGUCACGACAACGAAAUCGUGGCUCUCAAAAAGGGAAUAGAAAGCUUAGGCCACGAAGUUAAGACAUUCGCCAAUGGAUUUCCUUUGCCCGGAAUUGAAAAUUUUUAAAUUUAGAAUUUAUCAAUAUCUUUAUUAAAUAACAUUUUUUUAUAAUUAAACUGAAAAUCACCACAACCAUUUUUUUUUCAUUUGCUACAAAUAUUUUAAAAAAGUUAUUUUACUUUUAGAUAAUCAUAUUAUAUCACCUCAUUUUUUUAACUACCAAUUUACUUAUAUACUUUUUUAUAUAUUUUUUAAAGGUAAUAAUAAAUCUAUGCUCCUUAGAUUCUUAAGUAGCUUUGAGCGAAAAUAUUAAUUGAUUUUUAAAUAGAUUUCAUAUCUCAUGAUUACUAAGAUACUCUUACUAAUAUGUAAAACUAAUGAAUGUUUUAAAUGUCCAUCUUAUGAUUUUUUAACAAGUCAAUUAUAUCAUUUAAAAUUUUAUCCUAUAUCUGUAUUUUUUUAGCUUAAAGCCUGGCCCAUAUUUUUCAAAUCAUUAAAUCUUUCUUGCAAGUUGGCUAUAAAUGAACAAUAGAUAUUUUUAAAAAUCAGAAAUAAAGAUACGGAAUUAUAGAUAUA